AUGCCAUUCUUCGACCCCAUCAUCGAAGAUGAGGUACACGUCCUCCGGACCUGCUCCCUGUAUGAAGACUACCGACACCGCUUUAGUCAGAGAGCCAAAACCUGUCUUUUCGCUAACUUAGAGGGGCUAUUCACAGAUACCAGCCUCAUAAGAGAGACAGCGAGGUUCUUGGUGAGAGCAAACAACAGGCGUUUCCCGAAGAAGGAAGUCACUAAGAAGGAUCUGCUGAAGUCCAGCUGUAGUUUCGGAAAGGCUAAGAACUACGCAGUAUCAGCUGACCUAAAAAUGACCGAUCUCGGAAAAUUCUCGACCAGCUAUGGUUUCUUGGGUAUUGCGUUCAACAUGAUGGACUCCAAAAACUAUGAUAUCGCUUAUGUCAGACCCCAUGCAAAGGACCACUGCUGGGAGUUAGGGUACGUCGAGAAUGGACGUUUAUUUGGAAGGGACUUUGGAACAUGUACCAUGAAAAUCCUGAAAGAAUUCAAUCUGGCCGUGAAAAUCGAAAAUGGAGAAGGUGCGGUAUAUGUGAAUGGAGCAAAAGAGUCAGACUUUACUCCCUUCUUCCCUCCAUCAAACAAGGUCGCCACUGCAAUGAGGAACAACAUGGAGGCUAAAAUGGAGACCAAAAACCUGCAAAUCUGCCAAGAGAUAAAAUGUGUAUCGAGGUCGGAGUCAGGCAAGACUAUGAUCACCAAGCCUCUUGAGUCGUACAAAGACUUGGGAAUGAGUGCAUGUGAGGCUUGUACCUGUCAGCUUUUCGGUCAGAUAAGGUGUGGAUGUAGGUCUGCAGAUGAACAAGGUGUUUCUUGUACGAGUAAUAUGAUCCCCGCUGUCGGACAUGACUGUUGUGCCAGAUGUGUUCCUCCGUCAGCAAAAUGUUACGGAGCCGGAGAUCCUCAUUACAGGAGCUGGGACGGCAGAGCUUUUGAUUACCAGGGUAGUUGCACAUACACUAUGGUGAAGACGCUCGACUUCCAGGUCAUGCAAAAGAAUAAAAAAUAUAGGAGUGGUGCAGUUUCCAUUACCGAAUACUGCCUCCUCAUCUUCGAAGGUGAUGAGUACAAGAUGCAAAAUAAAAUACUCUACACUCCUGCCGGCGGUACACAGAAUACCGUUCUAACUCCUUACAAGAAAUAUUAUAAUACACAGGAUUACGUUGACUGUGUGCAGAACACUGAGUGCUCUGUCUACAUUAAAAACCAGAAGAUGUUGACGGUUACCUGUUACCCUGGAAAUGCCAUCUAUCUUUGGAUCCACGGGACGUACUACGAAAAAACAGAAGGAAUGUGCGGAAUCUGGGACGGAAACUUUUACCAUGACUACAGGAACAAGGACGGACAAAUAGUAAAUAGCCCCAAUAUCAUGGGAGCGGCUUUCAGAUACUCCAACAACGACGACAAGCAGGAGCCUUUCAAGAGCUGUCCCGUGGAUGUUACUCAGUCGUUUAAGAAUUGUAUGUUUGAUACCUGCAUCGAUCCUUCCAGUGAUGUUAAUGUAUGUUCGAACGCUGCUAUCUAUGCUAAGCAAUGUGCUGAUUCAGGAAACCCUGUAGUAGGUUGGAGAUCCAGUAAUUUCUGUCCGAAAGAGUGCCCUGAUUCUAUGGUAUAUGAUAGUUGUGGUAAAGGAUGUUUCGCUACCUGUUCCGAUCCUUUCCCUGUUGGUUGCAAGGAUAGUUGUGAAGAGGGUUGCUAUUGUCCGCAAGGUAAGCAAGGAUAG